ACUUAUUUCCGUUCAAUUCUUGGAACGAAGCGCUGAUAUAGCAACUUUUUAUCUUUAGGUAAAACUACCUUUUUUUUAAACAAAUCUUAUCAAUCAGUGUAAAUAAUUGCGUUUAUAAUCGUAAUGAAUAUUCAAAUCUAGAUCAUACUCGAAUUCUUUAAUGCGUUUAAUAUCAAAGUUCAAAUCUAUCAUUAUUUUUGAUGAUACAGCAAAAGGAUAUUUUGAAAUUAUUAAUUAUCUCAACGGAAAAGCAGAAAACCCAAAUACAAAUCUUAGCAUUGAAGAUUAACAAUGUAUUAUAUAGUUCGUACAAAGUUUGUAGAAUAUAUUAAUCUGUUAAGAAAUAUGUAAUAAAUCAAAUAUUUGAUGAACCUUGGCCCAGAGGGCUCGCAAAAUUUUUAAGUUUACCGCCUAUUUUCAUAUUUUCUCUAAGACCCUUAGAGUGUUUAAAAUUUUGCAAAGUCAUGCUUGUCCUAUAAUCAGAAUAGACCUUGACCUCUACAUUUGAAUUCUUAUUGACACGUUAGUGCCUCAAAUGACUAUUGACUUUAAUACUGUACAGUAGCUACCCCAAGAUGAGCUUAAAAUUGGGUGACGUCUUCCCGAAUUUGUCAGUUGACACCACCGCUGGCAAACUGCAGCUGCAUGAUUUCUUUGGCAAUAGCUGGGGAAUCCUAUUUUCUCAUCCCCGUGAUUACACGCCCGUUUGUACAACAGAAUUGGGGCGUGCUGCUCAACUCACACCUGAAUUUGAGAAGAGGGGUGUAAAAAUGAUUGCCUUAUCUUGCGAUUCUGUUGAAGAUCACCAUGGAUGGACUAAAGACAUUGAAAGUUACAACACUGUCAAAGUCACCUAUCCGAUAAUAGCUGAUAGUGACCGCAGCAUAGCAAAACAAUUGGGUAUGCUUGAUCCUGAUGAAAAGGAUCCCACCGGAAUGCCUCUAACUUGCCGAGCUGUUUUUAUUGUUGGACCUGACAAGAAAGUUAAAUUGUCAAUCCUAUAUCCAGCGACCACUGGGCGAAAUUUCAACGAAUUGUUAAGAGUAAUCGACUCUUUACAAUUAACGGCUACAAAGAAAGUUGCAACUCCGGUUGACUGGAAAGAUGGCGACAAAUGUAUGGUCGUGCCUUCAUUGAGCAACGAGGACGCUUCAAAGCUUUUCCCUAAAGGAUUCGAAACAAAGAAUGUUCCAUCUGGAAAAUCGUACAUUCGCCUUACACCCCAUCCUAAGUAA